ACAACAACAACGGACCUGACGGACCCGUGUGAACGAGAAGUUUGUUUUACUCAGUUUUACGUUCGAAGACCACUGCUCAACAAACAGAUUUUCAGAUCACAAGCUGUCACAAAUUUGGGCAACAAGCAACAACCGCCACAACUGAAGGCAGCAGUCCACAUGUCAAAGUGAAGUAGGUUUCAUGCUCAAAGACUUCUCGACCCAUUCAACAAAGAGUCAUCUCAAGUGGACCCAUGCAUUCUUCGUGAUCUUGCGAGCCUGCGACGAACCUGACUGCAGGAAGCUAUUGAAAUGAAACCGAUCCAGUCUUCAAGUCCUGGUUCGAGCCCCUUGAUCGAAGAAGGACCCGAGGCCGUCGACGGUGGCUCAUCCAAGAUGAGGUCCUUCUGCAUUUCCGGAUUCUCCGACGCCCUGGACUGGAGGCCCAUCCUCUUCCAGGAGCCCGCCAUUGCACACAGCGCGUGCGCACUGUGUGGACUCGUGUCCCUCAAAGCCAUCAGGGUGUUCUGUGGCCACACGCUCUGCUCUGACUGCUACGAAGAGUGCUCUCGGCAAGAGAGCAUCUGUCCCAUCGAUCAGGAAUCCUUCGGCGACGAUGAUUGCUCCCGAAUCGACCUUUCAGUGGGCUUCCUAGCCAAACGCCGGGCGGCCUGCUGGAACAAGUCCAAUGGCUGCAACUUCGAGGGUCCCGUUUGCAGUCUCUUGAAGCACUACAUGGAGUGCGCUUUCCACGUUGUGUCCUGUCCUCGGUGUCAAGCGUCCGUACUGAGGAGUGAGGUUGUGGGACACUGCAAACGUGGUUGCCACUUACCCGCCGUUGGGCCCGUUGAUGACACAGACCGCGCCACACAGGCAUACGACAGCAUCGAGCAGACAAGUAAUGAAAUCAAAGAAGCGUUGGGUAGGCACUCUGAAGACCUGUCCUGUCUGCAAACUAGCCUGAACCUGUGUCGGGAGGACUUCAGAAAAGCACAAAGGAGUUUGAAAGAACAGCUGGAAGCUCACUCUGUGUCACUUAUUGAACACUUGUCCAGAUUGCACAUCAAAGGGCCUUCUCUUGCGGAGGGCAGACUGAGUGACGUCGCUGGUGAAGUGGAGAAGGGUUGUCAGGCCGGAAACUUCAGCGCACACGCCGAACGCUCGCUGCACGCCACAGAGAGCACGUGCCAAGGACUGCAUCAUGAUCACCGAGGAAAGAAAUUCCACUGGUACUUAAGGGAAUUCGCAGCUCUGGAGGCACAAGCACUCGAGUAUGAGGCCGCGGAUGCUGAGAGCCCCCGGCACUAUUUGAGCGGAUACAACGUUUCCAUUGUAUGCAGCAUUGAAUGGGAAGUUUUCUGUAAGGUUUAUAUGUAUUUAAAAAUAUAUCCUGGAGCCUACGAUUCAAGCCUGGAAUGGCCGUUCAGCAAGACUGUCAGUGUCAGAUUCGUUCACAGCGUGGACGAAACUUUGAGUCUUUCUUUCUCAGUUGAUAUGAGUAUAUGCAAUGGUGACGAGUUGCAGAGGCCAAACGGAAAUUCCUACAUAAGUGGUGCAUUCUUGAAGGUGUUGAAACUGGAGGAUAUAAAAAGGUCUGGGUUUGUUAAAGGAGACACAGUGCACCUGUGCUUUGAGGUCGUGUAAUUGAAAACCUGCCUCUGUUACGAACGAAUGACAAGAAAAAAGAAACAGCUAAAAUUAAAAUUAGCAUCUUUACGUCUUCUUCAAUAUCGCGGUAUCAUUGAUAGCGCAGUUUUACAGCUGUCUUUUUUUUGUUUGCUAGAGCUAAAUCACCUUCAGGCACAAUAGGGAGAAAACUUGGAUGUUGAUAUAUCACUUUAACCCAUUUACUAUAUCGUACUGGUUUUUCUGUUGAUUACAAUCAUAUAUUUCAUGUAAAAAUAAAAUGAAACGAGAUAAAAACGAUGGAUUGACAUAAUGGUUUCGUUAUUUUAUAUUUUCUAUUUGUUGCAAUUGCAGCUUGAUCAAGCAAGAAUUUUUUAAUUUUGUGAGGAUGUCUGUGCCCUUCUGAGACGAAAAUGGCGCUCUUCUGGGGCAAAAUAAAUAUUGGAGUGGUGAACUUUA